AUGCCGCAAAGCAGUUCCCGUAGACCAUCAUCUUCUGAAACGUACCGAUCAUUGAGGUCCAAACAAAAUUUAAAAGUAAUUUCUUCGCAAGAAAUUCGAGACUUUGAACAAUAUUAUGAAAUUGAAAGUACACCAGGUCAAGCAUUCCGGGAUGAACAUUACGUAGUGGAUGAAUUUAUUUUUAAAACAAAAAAUAAAAAUUCUUCGUCAUAUUCCUCUCGAAGUAAACCCAUCAUGUGUGCAUUAAACGACUAUUUAACUCGUAAUGUGCAAUCGAGUAAAUCGAUUGGACCAAUAAAGAAUGUAGAACUCGGUUUUAAAGACAAAGAAUUAAAAAAUGAUACUGAUCCCACUAAAGUACCAAUGGAUUGGGACAAUUAUCAUCGGUUGGGAGUAAUACACAAGUUUAUGGAUGACUUGGAGUUUGAAUUUCCGUCUCUAUGCACUACUGGUGUAAUUGGUAAAUCUUUAGAGAACCGUGAUCUGAAGAUUCUGAAAAUAUCGAAUAGCGACGCUUCUAACUCCCGAGUGUGGAUUGAUGCUGGCAUACAUGCUCGGGAGUGGAUCGCGCCCGCCGUCAGUACAUUCGUCGCCAAUCAUAUCGCCAGAAACUUUGAUAGCUUACCUGAGAGCGUCAGGAACAAGGAUUGGUACUUCAUGCCAGUUUUGAACCCUGACGGAUACGAAUACACGCAUACGAGCAAUCGCAUGUGGCGUAAAAAUAAAGCGUAUAUUCGGCAUAAAUUAUUUGGUGUAGAUCUUAAUAGGAAUUUCAGCUUAGGAUGGGGCGGCAAAGGCUCAUCGGAUGUACCAACAAAUUCAUUCUACCGUGGUCCGCGUCCAUUUUCUGAACCGGAAUCUGCAGCCAUGAGGGAUAUAUUUCUUCACUCAGGAGUCACUUUCGAGGUGUACAUAACUUUGCACAGCUUUGGGCAAGUUAUAAUUAUGCCUUUCGCUUAUAAGGACGACUUAGCUCCUGAUUACAUAAAACUUCUUGAAGGUGCUACUGUUAUGUCGAAGGCAAUCUAUGAUACAAACGGUAAUACAUAUAAAGUGGGCAUUUCGAAGGAUGUAAUGUAUCAAGCGUCCGGCACUAGUAACGAUUGGUCGCACGGAGAAGUCGGUAUUCCAUUCUGCUACCUCAUAGAACUGAGGAGCAAGAAACACAAGUUUAAAGUACCUAAGGAAGAAAUUGCGGAGACUGGUUUAGAGAUUCUAAACUGCGUGAUCGCGUUAAUGGAAUUCGUUGAUAAUUAUAAAACGCCUAAUAUAGGAAACUGCCAGGAUCCGGCGUCGAAGUCUGAAAAAAGUGAAGAAAGUAUAAGUAAAGAAAACGAAUCAAAGAAAAAAGAUGAAACAGACAUACCUGAAGCAAAUAUCACGGGAACUGAUUUAAAGCCAAGUAAAACUAAAGUAACACCUGUGACGGUGCAUCCUCAAGCUGAAGUUCAAUUUAGUUAUCAUUCUGAGGUGCCUGUGGUCCAUCAAGCUGAGGUGCAAGUAAGCAACUAUUCCAUCGCAUCAAAACAAUCUUCUCAUCAAGUAGAAGUGCAAUUUACUAGAAACGGUCAGAGGGAGUUCCUGAAAUCGCUAAAUACCGUAGGAGCCAUCAACAUAUGGAAGGAAGAACAGAGUACAAUGGAUGUCAUGGUAGAGGGUACGUGGGCCCCACAAGUGGCCCAUAUGUUGCGCGAAAAACACGUACCCUACAAAAUAGCUAUGCAAGACGUCAACUCAUUAUAUGAACAAGAAAUAGUAACUAAUAAUUGUAUCGGACCUCCCCGGAACGCAACAAAAGCUUGCAUGCGAACAGUACCUAAAAUGAACUGGGAAAAAUACCACAGACUGGACACAAUAUACGCAUUUAUGGACGAAUUGGCUCUAGACUAUCCCGAACUAUGUACCAUUUGUUGUAUUGGGACAACCGAAGAGGGCAGAGGAAUAAAGAUGUUAAAAAUAUCAAAUGGGAACGAAAAUAACCAAGGUGUUUGGUUAGAUGGCGCCACGCAUGCGCGGGAAUGGAUCACCGUCGCUGUUGUAACGUAUAUCGCGGACCAGCUUGCCAAGAAUUUCAAAGGGUAUCCUGAUUACAUCACAGACAAAGAUUGGUAUAUACUACCAGUGUCAAAUCCAGAUGGCUACGAAUACUCACAUACGACGGAUAGAAUGUGGCGAAAGAAUCGCGCUCGUUACGGAGACUGUAUCGGAGUUGAUCUUAACAGGAACUGGAGUUGUGGCUGGGGUGAAAAAGGUGAGGAAGGUUCAUCCGAAGAUCCUGGAAGUAUCUUUUACCGAGGCCCGAAUCCGUUUUCCGAAUGUGAAACUAUAGCUAUCAAGAAUGUAAUACUUCAGUCAGGAACGGACUUCAAGGUGUUCUUAUCAUUCCAUAGCUACGGCGAAUCCAUCAUAUUCCCAUGGGGCUACACCAGUGAUCCUUGUCCUGAUUACGUCAUGCUACUUGAAGGUGGAACGACUAUAGCGAAAGGAAUUUACGAAAUAAGUCGUCACACCUACAAAGUGGGUAGCACCAAGGAUGUGAUGUACUACGCUGCCGGGACUAGCAUUGAUUGGAGCUACGGAGUCGCCAAUAUACCUUUCUCCUACAUGUUGGAACUGAGAGGGAAGGAACAUAGAUUUCUUCUACCUUCUGAAUGCAUACUUACCACAGCCACUGAAGUUUUAAACGGAGUACUCAAUCUACUUUGCUUUGUCUGUUCAAAUGCUUGCAUGAACCAUGACUCCUGUUCUUGUCCAACAUAA